AUGCUCACCAAGACCCUCGCCGCUCUGGCUCUCGGCGCCGGCGCACUCGCCUCGCCCACACUCGAUCUCGCUCGUCGCGAUGGCUGCACCCUCUCCUGGAACGGCACCGACAUUACUGGUACUCAGGACGGCGGUGCGUGCCGCUACACCGUCCGCUAUGCGACGGCCGGUCGCUGGGAGUACCCCGUUCAUGCGCAGAACCAGACUGGUGUCGAUGCGGCGAAGUUCCCGCCCAUGUGUGCCCAGGGCGAGAAAAACCGCCUUGAGCCGGCCGAAGCCGACUUCCAGCCCAUGAGCGAGGACUGCCAGUUCAUGACCAUCUUCACGCCGGCCAACAUCACCAAGGACUCGAAGCUGCCCGUUUUCUACUGGAUCCAUGGCGGGUCGUACGUCGGCGGCUCGGCAUCCGACAAGGGUCUGAACGGUACCUCGAUGGCCGUCAAUGACGACAUCAUCGUUAUCUUCACCCAGUACCGCCUCGGCAUUCUCGGACAUCUUCCUCCGCCCGUCGCCCCGACCGGCGGCGACCCCAACUAUGCUCUCCACGACAUCAUUACCUCGCUCGAGGUUGUCCGCGACAACAUUGGCGCUGCUGGCGGUGACCCCGCGGCUGUCACGGUCGGCGGACAGUCCGCCGGUGCCUCCAUGACCCGCGCGCUCUGGGCUACCCCUGCCGCCAAGGGGCUCUACCGCGGAUUCAUCAUGCACUCUGACCCGAUCACGAUUGGCACGCAGGGUCCAGACGAGACGGAGGCGCUCCAGAACCUCGUCUACAACAACACGGCCGGCAACGGUACCAUGUUGGCGCAGUUGAACUGCACCGACUUUGCGUGCUGGCAGAAUGCGAAUCUCAGCCUCGUCAUCAACGCCUCGGACACCGUCAACACCCUCGGGCCGAAGAAGGUGUUCAGCGUGACGCAGGGAGAGGUUUUCCGCCCUUCGUACGGCACCAAGUCGCUGCCGCAGGACCCCGCCAACGCUCUGUUCUACAACAACACCAACCUCGCCUUCAACGUCAGCGAGAUCCCGCUCCUGAUCACGACCACCCGCAACGAGUCAGGCUACCUCGUCGACGCUGUUGCGCAGGUGAACAUCUCGGCGAACGACAUGCUGUUCAACCUCUCGCUGCAGUCGUUUGAGCACAACCAGACGCGCGUCGACUACAUUAUCAACUCGGGACACUACAGCAUGCCGAACAACUCUGACGGCCUGCGCGAGGCCCUCGAGGUCGGUAUCACUGACGUCGUAUGGCGCUGCGCGACCCGCGCUAUCGGCCACGAGUGGGCGAGGCAGGGCGGCAAGAUCUGGAUUGGCGAGUGGAACCGUGGCAUCCAGUACACCUUCGACAACGGCACGUACUGCUCGGGCAACAAUGUGGUGUGCCACGGCGACGACGUCUACCCCACAUUCAACAGCCAGCCGACAGACAAGGACUCGGAGGACGAGUACGCCAACUGGGGUGCGCAGAUCCACGGCGCCUGGGCCAGCUUCAUCAAAAACGGCGAUCCGACCAAGGCUGGCCUGAACUGGACGCAGUGGAACGAGAACUCGCCCAAGGACGAUGUGUUUAACAUUGGCCAGAGGAACGAGAUUCGCGAGUGCCCCAAGGACCUCUGGGGAACGGACAAGUUCCCCUGGUACUGGCAGAUCUACUCCAAUGAGACCAUCGUCGACCUCGGAACGGGUAACCACACCGCCGUCGACAAGGAUGACGCCCCGCAGGCUACUGGCUCCGGCCAGAAGAACGGACAGUCAACCGACAAGAACGCUGGCAUGAAGCUCUCUGCCGCGGGCGGCCUGACCCUCUCCGCCAUUGCUCUCUCCCUUCUUCUCUGA